AUGUCCGCCGUCUCAGCAUCGAUAACACUGCCCGCAUGGGCGGCAGAGCUCAAGAACCCACCAGCGCACAAGUCCAAGCAACCCGGCUUUCCCGAUCCGCCUGGGUACCCCUCGACGCAAACCACGCCCACCUCGAAGAAGGAUGCCAAAGACAGCAAAGCCGUGCAGCGGAAAGCCCCGACGCCCGACGAGAUGGACACACUUAAGUUGAAGAAGGCCUGGGAGGUGGCCCUGGCGCCGAUCAAGAGCCUGCCCAUGACGGCCAUCAUGAUGUAUAUGUCGGGCAACUCGCUGCAGAUAUUCAGCAUCAUGAUGGUCUUUAUGGCCUUCAAGAACCCCAUAAUGGGCAUCCUGGGCACCAACCAGGCCUUUGAACGCUUCGAGACCGAGACCAACAGGGCCAAGAUCGUCCAGGUCAAGCUCGCCUACGUCGUCAUGCAGUUGGUUGCGCUGGCUUUGGGGAUAUGGAAGGUCAACGGCAUGGGGCUGCUGCCGACAACACGGUCAGACUGGCUUGCGUGGGAAGCGCAGCGCGAGGUUGUCGAGCAUGCGGUGCCGGCGUUAUAG